CUCUUUCUCCUUCAAGGUGAUACACUUCUUGCUAUCCAGGCCCCAUCUGGCACACAACUGGAAGUUCCAAUUCCUGAACUGGGACCAAAUGGACAAAAAAAGUACCAGAUUAAUUUGAAGAGUCAGUCAGGACCUAUUCAUGUUCUACUUAUUAAUAAGGAGUCCAACUGUUCAAAGCCUGUAGUGUUUCCAGUUCCACCACCAGAUGACCUAAUGCAAUUGCAACAAGAGCUUGCAAUACCAUCAUUACCAGAAAAACCAACUUCAACUCCACUUCUUUCAGACCGAGUUUUCUCCCUAAAGGAACCGUACCUUGUUCAGGUACCCUUACCCAAACAGUCUUCUGAUUGUGGCCAGCAGCUAUCUGGUAUUGGAUCAGAUGUCUCUUACUCAAACAUGAGAGAUACACCAGAAAUUUACAAAGGGUUGACAACUGAAUCACUACAGAACAUUCGGGAACAGAACGGAUUACAAUCACUGCUUCCUUUAGACGUUGGGAGCAUUCUCAAACAUCCUCCAACUUCAUAUGACCAAAUCAAAACAGAAGAUUCAAGUGGAACAAUUGAUGGAGACAUUAUGGAUGAAUUUAUAUCAUCAGAUGUCUUUCCCCUCCUUCGACUUUCUCCUCCGCCAGUUGAUGAAUACAGUUUCAACCUGGAUGAAAAUGAAGGUGUCUGUGAUCUUUUUGACGUGCAGAUUUUAAAUUGCCAGUUUUAAAUUGUGAUCGCCAUCCCAAGAUAUUGAAUCUACCUCUGGACCACCUGUUCAGCCUUCAUGAACUACUUUGUUUCUAUUUGUGAAGUUCACUACAGCAUUAUGGUCAAGACAAAAGUUUAAGGUUUCUGAACUUGUGUCCUUUACGUGUUUAAGUCCUGCAUGGACAUCUAUUUUAUAGAAUUGUUCAGUUUGUUUCUUCGUACUGCCAUGUAGCAAACAAUUUUUUUUCCUGCAGUUGAAUGUGAUACUGCCAUGGCAUAAUCUCAUGUUGCAAAAAAGAUUUUACUUCACUAAUGACUUUUCAACUGCCUUUUUUAAUAGGGUAGCAGGGAAAUUUGAUUAUUUUUAUAUACUGCACACUUUUAAGUGCCUUUUGGUUCUUGCACUUUAGGAGAGUGUUUUUUUUUGUCUUUAUAAUGUACAGGAAAGUCUAUCUCAGUUUAGAACUGAACAAGUAGUCUCCUGAUGUGCUGUUUGUUGACCAGUAAAGAUGUUUGUUCUUAUAAACACGUGGUCUUUUUAGUCCAGUUUCACCAUAAUUCUGCCAGUUCACAUAGUUCUAUGUUGAAGGUAAUAUGUGGAGGAACUGUGCCUAAUAGUAGAACCUGGCCAAAACACUUGAUGUUAAUGCAACUAUAACAUUUUUCACUUCUUUUAUUUCAAGGGUUGUGGGCAUUGCUGCAAGGCCAGCAUGAAAUACCCAUCAGUAAUCUUACAUGAUAUGCUAAUGUCUAGUAAGCAUCUGGACAAGUAGAAUGCACACUAGUGUGAUAAUCACAGUGCAGAUUACAGCAAAUGUACAGUCAAUGAGUUGUUUAAUUUUCGGUAGCUUGUUGCUUAUUAGGCAAACAACUUAAAAUAUAUCCUGCCUUCUCUAACUGUUCAGUGUUCAAAUGGAUUGUGACACAACUUGGAUGGUUCAGUUAGUUCAAUGUUUACUUGGGCCAGACUACCUUGUAUAUCUCAUGAAGUGUUUACAGAAUGUGUUUUGUAUAAGAGGUUGACAUUUUCCCUGGGACCACCUGUCAUGUAGAAUUACAACAAAGAAAUUCUUUGUAAUUCAGUUUUUAUAUUGACCAAAGCUGUUGUUUUUUCUAAAAAAGGCACAAAAGAUUAAAGUGUCAUAUCUCUGCUUCUGCAGUCUUUAUUUAAUUAAGUCUGGUAAAUUAAAGAUUUCCUAUUUAUCCUAUUUCUUGCAGUUACAGCAAUGGAAUUUUAUUAUGGAAAUUUUGUUUUCUGGCUGUUGUAGUCAUUUACUAGGUUGUGCAAAAGGUCCAGAUUUCUUAUCACCAUUCAAUGUAAUUUCUCCUUGGUCUGUAUUUUUGCUUUUAGGUUAAUUUAACCAAAAGGAACCACAAAUACCUUCUAAAGUUACUUCUAUCAAAUGUACCUUGUGGCAUUUUUUUUUUUGCUGCACCUUGCUAGCUUUGAAUACCAGGUGACUACACUAUGCAGGCUACCAUAUGCAUUGCUCAAAGCUGGAGUUCUGGGAAUUUGUAAAGUGGAUAUUGUAUUACAAAACAAAAUAAUAUGGUUCUGAAAAUCUGAAAGAUAAACAGAGAAUUGUGGAAAUAUUUGGCUGUUGAGAGCAUGUGUGAGGAGUGAAAUGGAGUUAAUAUUUCAGGUUCUUCAGUUCAGAAGAAAAGUUAUACUGGACUCAAAACGUUAACUUGUUUCUCUCACCGCAGAUGCUGCCAGACUUGCUGAAUUUAUCCAAUGUUCUGCGUUUGUUUCAGCUUUUCUACACCAGUAGUAUUUUGCUUUUAUAAAAGUAAGCAUGAAGUGGAAAAAACCUGACACCAGCUCUUAUUUUGCCAGCUUUAAUUUUAUGUGCUGUACAGCAGAAUACUACUCCUCUGUGUGGGUAGUGAGUAGCCACACAAAACACUUGGACACCAUUCAAGAAAUAUAAUCAAUGCAGAUAAUCCAUGAUACCCUGAAAUCAAUCAUCAAUGGUUCCAAGCCCUGCUUAAUAUCUGACAUCCUUGUGUGCUGGUGGUGAGAAAAUCUGACCGUGCUGAACCCCCCGCCACAGCACAAACAAGGCAAACCAUGAAGAACUUCAGAAUCUACUGUGUGCGCUCAAAUAAUAAACUAUACUUGAUCUCUGUGAACAGU